AUGGCUCCCGCCGCACAAGCCGAUAACAGGCUCUGCAAAGCCAGGGCUCUCAAGCCCCCUCCCAAGACCCCUCGCAAGACCCCUCGCAAGCCAGUCAUGAGCGGGCCAGACAUGAGCGAGCCAGACAUGAGCGAGCCACUGAGCUGUGGCCACUCGGUCCCUUUGGUCAACGGUCCCAGCGGCGUCCGGGGGCUUCGCCUCGCCGGCCGCCGUUUCACGUUCAACACGCCAACCUUCCGCGCGCGGGCCGUCUGCGACUCGUGCCGGGACGAGAUUAUCGAGAUGCAGUUCGAGCAAAUUGUUAAAGAGCAGGCUGACUUCUCUCGGCGGCUUGACGCUGCCACGCUGCAAGAGGCUGCCCGGCUGUGCCGGUCGCUCGAGCAUCGCCCCAUCGGCAGCGGACGGAUGGCUUGCGGGCACGUCCACGAGGGCGCGCUCUCUGUCAAGAACGGACAGCGGUAUAUCAGGUUCACACUCUUUGAGGAGUACGAAGACACGGUCGAGAGCCGCUCGGGCUGGGUGUGCAACUCGUGUCGCGAUGCGAACAUGGUCAGCAUGGGGUAUUGCAACAACGACCGUGGGGGAGACGCAGGGAACAAGCGCAAGAAGAAGAAUUUGUCUUUUGACAAGCGGCCGGCCAAGCGGGUUAGGAUAUGA